AUGCAGUCGUUGGCGCGGGACUUCGUCGACGACGCGCCGCGGCUGCUGGGCAAAGCACACACGUCCGUGAGUCAGCUGCGUGGCCUCCGACUCUUUCGGUCGUCGCACUCGAGCCACUCGCGCAGUGCGUAUGCUAUUCAAGUUCAGAUCGGCGAGAAGGCGCCCGAGUACCUUCAAGUGGCGCCGUACCUCACGAUCACCAACGUCAAGGUGCUUCUCUACAAGGAGCAUGGAAUUUUGUACGAAGAGCAGACUCUCUUUUUCAACUCGCAGCUACUUGAAGACCACGAAGAUCUGGCCCAUCUCGGCAUCGUCGAGGGCAGCUUGCUGUACGUGGUGCUCAAGAAGCGGUACCGGAGCCUCGGGUCGGCCACCUCGACCGUCAAGUCGGUCGUGAUUUCAGCGACCAACAACGAAGGGUUUGAGCUUAUUGACAUCAUCGCGCCGCUUCCGCCUCUUCGUGUGGUGGUGUAUCGCAUCAUGUUUGCCAUGGUGUACCUUCGCCGUCUCGACCAACUCCAAGCCGAGCACACGCGUCAUGUCAUCUGGACACCGCCACCGCGACUUCUUCCUGUCCGACCCGAAGACGUGCUGCAUGGUGCGAGCCUCAAGAAAGAUGACGCUAUCACACUUGGCGCGCUGCGUGGCGUCAUGCAGAUCGAGCACGACAUGCGCAGCCCGAGUGCGACGCGGACGCUGAAAAAAUGGCUUGCCGGCGUCAAGUACUUUUACGACUGCAGCCUCCCCGAUGCAUCGUACAACGACAUUGCGCGGCACAUUGUGUACGCGCGCUAUGCGCCGGGCGACUUUGUGUUUCGAGAGGGCGAUGCGGGCGAAGCGUUCUACAUCGUGCUGAGCGGCACGGUGGGCAUUGCGGCCUCCGGCGAAGGCCUCUUUGCCACCAUGCGACGCGGCAUGAGCUUUGGCGAAAUCGGGCUCCUCCGAGGCUCGACGGGCUAUCGGUCGGGUUCGGCCCUCGUCACGUAUGAGUGUAGUUGCACCGAGCUGGCGCUCGUAUCCCGCGAUGUCUUCUUGCGCAGCAUUUUGUCGUACAAGCAAGCCAUGCUCGCAGAGAACGAGCGCAAUUUGACGUCGUUUCCGGCACUCGCCCACGCACCAAAAGGCACGACAACUCAUUUGGCGUAUUUGGCCACAGUGACGCAGCUCGAUGUCCACGAUACCCUCUAUCGAAAAGGCGACUAUGUAUCGCAUUUGUAUCUGCUGGUGAAAGGCGAAGUCAAGCUCACAGCGACGAGUUCGGUGAGUGCAACGGCCCCUACCGGCCAGGCAAUCGAAGCACCGGUGAAAGUGCUUGUGCUUCGUCGUGCACCGUCCAUUUUGGGCCAUGAGAUCUGCUCGGCCUCCAACGACUUGUGCUCGUCGACCACGAUCGAAACCCUCUCGUCAUGCAAGCUGCUCGCAAUCAAUAAGAACGCACUACUUCGCUUCGUCCUGUGCAACACUGCUAUCCUCGCGUCGAUUCACGCCGACGCAACGCAUUUACAGGACGAGAUUACGCGCCGCCUCGAGACGGCACGUGCGUACACCAAAGUGCAAGUCGAGCAGCCGCCACACCCGAGCAUCGAAAUGGAGGCUCUCGAUACCUUCUUUGACUCGGCGCUCUCCACUGUGCGGACGCCUCCGUUGCCCAACGAAGCCGCCACUUCGUCGUCGCCGGCAGCCGUCGCAUCCCCACGAAAGGUGGCACUACGAAGCAUCAAGGACCGUGCGACGGGAUCAUUUACGACGGCGUUUGCCAAGAUUUGUCGGGACCAUUGGCACGAAACGCUUCCGCACGGUGACUUGCUCACGUACGAAGAGCAAAUGCACUACACGUCUCGGCCCACCGCGAGCUUGAGUGCCGACGAGAAAAAAGUGAAGCUCGAAUGCCUUGUGCGAGGGCUCUCGCGCAUCCCACCCGUGGACGUCAAGCUCGUGUCCGUCGUUCCCAACGCAGGCAACGACCAGUAUACGUUUGAAGAUGUCUCGGAUGACGAAAACAAUUGAGAUAUCUGCACGACGAGCAUUGGCCUCGCGUUCAUUGCGGCAUGUAUCAACUUGAUAGCAGUGUAUUUCGAUGGUAGUACAUUGCACCUUUUACCGUUGCA